CUUUGUGAAUUGCUCGCAGAAAGAAACGCGUUCACAGUUCUUCAGCUGACAUGAAAGGCUGGAAACUCUGUCUCAUCUUCAUCUUUCCACUGCUGACUUCAGCUCUUGGAGGAGAGGACACGGUGGCAGAAGACAUCGGUGUCCAUCAACUGGAGCGAUUAGUGGAGAUGCUGACGGUAAAGGAGUGCGAAGAUCUUCUACGCACUCUCUCCCACCCGGAGGAAAAUAUAUUCCAUCGACUUGAACGCCUCUCGCCGAAAAAAAAUCUAUCAGCUCUUAAGUCCCGCACCAAAAGAGACACAUCUUUAUUUGUGGACAGUGAGGCUCAGUGUCAGGCAGCCCUCACAGAGUGGCUGCUGCAGUACGGUGACCACACCUACUAUGACAGGCUCACACGCGCCUUGCAGCACAUUGGCAGAAGUGACAUCGCCAUUGAAGUGGGGAAGAACAUCAAUCAGGACAAAGUGUUGAAGCUGAAGCGCUACGUGGACGGUUAUCACAAAUAUGUGAGCUCUUUAAACAUACCGUCAGUACAAGUGGAUCCAAAACAAGAUGCAGGUCAGAAGGUCAAGAAAAGAACUGUGAGGGAUCUGAGUUGGCGUGACCUUGACCUGAUUGUGGAGCGAGCGCCUGUUCCCCCGUACAUGAAGGGACCCAUGGACGUAUUUCUGCCAGUCUUGUAUGGCUUCAUGAUGGGCUUCACAGGUACUUUGUUUGUAGGUGUCCUUAUCUUCAUUAUUGUCAGCAGAAAACAGCUGAGUCAUCAACCGAGGGUCAAGAUCAGCUCCAGCUGCAGGUACACAGCUGGGGAACACAAGUUUUCUUAGAACAGAAUUGAAAAUCCUCCUCUUCAGUGAUCAGGCUCCGUCAUAUCUCACAGACAUGAUUAUUCCUUACUACCCUAAUAGACCACUCUGCUCUGAAAAUGGAGGCCUGCUUGUGGUUCCCAGAGUCUCUCAGAGUAGAAUGGGAGGCAGAACUUGUGAAUUUCUCUGUGAGAUGAAUAAAGUAUCUAUCUAUCUAUCUAACUUUCAACGACCAAGUUCCUCUCCUGAAGAACCAGCUCCCACUUUGGGUCCAGGAGGCAGAAAAAAACUCUCCCAACAUUUAAAGGUC